CUGGGAACGUCCACCCACCCUCCACCAGUAUGGCAACGUCCUCGCAGUACCGCCAGCUGCUGAGUGACUACGGGCCGCCGUCUCUCGGCUACACCCAGGGAACAGGGAACAGCCAGGUACCCCAAAGCAAAUAUGCCGAGCUGCUGGCCAUCAUUGAGGAGUUGGGGAAAGAGAUUAGACCCACUUAUGCCGGGAGCAAGAGCGCCAUGGAGAGACUAAAACGAGGCAUCAUUCACGCCAGAGGACUGGUUCGAGAGUGCUUGGCGGAAACGGAGCGGAAUGCCCGAUCCUAGCUGCCGCUCAGCGCGGAAGGCUUUCCAUCUUCAUCCAAGACCAGAAGUUACAGCUCAUCUCCCACUUUCAGAUGAAACUCUUGUUUUCACAGUGGUAACAGUUGGGUUUCUCUUCCCACGACCCUCCCAUGGUUCGUGAGGCUCUGAAAUUGAGAAAAUAUUUUGCAGUUGAUUAGGAUUUACAUUUUAAAUAGUUAGGAAUUACCCAGGGUUUUUUGUUUUUUGGUUUUUUUAAGCAUUGAUUUAAAAGAUGCACGUAAAAGAUACCUAUCUCACGGCAAAGAUCCCAGUUAUGUUACCCAGAUUGUUCUCCGUUCUUUUUCAUAAGCUAAUACGACUCUGAGGGUUUGUUUGUUUGUUUUUUUUUUGAGUGCAUACGUUUGCCACACGGUGUGGAUCCCGCUUAAUGUAACUUCCUUUGUGCUUAAGCAUUUGCUUGCAUGACUAUUAGUGCUUUGAGGUCAAUUUAAAAAAUGCACAAGUUAUAAAUACAGAAGAAAGAGCAACGUACCAAACCUAACCCAACAAGAACCUCCCCACCCCCACCACAUUUUCCUACUAAGACUGUGUGUGGAUUUCAGUUCUGCUUUUCCUGUAAGUUGAUCCCACAUCUGGAAGAAAAUGACUAAAACUGUUUGCAUCUUUGUAUGUAUUUAUUACUUGAUGUAAUAAAGCUUAUUUUCAUUAACAA